UGUCGGUUCCCAGCCUGCUUUGCCAGCCGUCGGCCAUCUUGUUCCGGCCAGGAGGCAACGGAGCUUCGUCUUUUACCUCAGAUUAUCUUUUGUAACCUUCCCUGCCCCACCCGCGUCGGGUUCAGGCUUCAUCUGCAGGUCAUGUGGGAGAGAAGACGAAAAAGCUGCUAGCGGAUAUCCGGCGCUGCCUGCGGACCCUGAGGGGAGGAAGCUCCCGCCUCCCAGACGUGUUGUCUCCUCUCCACCCUGCUCCCCCAGGCUCCACACAAAACACAGACAUGGACGCGGUCAACGCGUUUAACCAGGAGCUGUUUUCGCUCAUGGAUAUGAAGCCACCAAUUUCUCGGGCAAAGAUGAUUCUAAUAACUAAAGCUGCUAUCAAGGCCAUAAAGCUCUACAAGCAUGUAGUCCAGAUAGUGGAAAAGUUCAUUAAAAAGUGCAAACCUGAGUAUAAAGUCCCAGGAUUAUAUGUCAUUGAUUCAAUUGUCCGCCAAUCUCGGCAUCAGUUUGGAAUCGACAAAGACGUGUUUGGGCCGAGAUUCACAAAGAACUUAACUGCAACCUUCCAGUGUUUGUACCUCUGCCCAACUGAAGAUAAGAGUAAAAUUGUUCGUGUCUUGAACCUAUGGCAGAAAAAUGGAGUGUUUAAGAUUGAACUCAUUCAGCCGUUGCUGGAUAUGGCGGCAGGAGCUGUUCCUGCUGCUGAAUUAGCGGCUGAUAACUCUGCUAACGAGGAAGGUUCCUCACCUCCUCCAAUAAUGGUUCAAACGGACACAAUGGAAAAUGCUGCCAACUGUGAUCCAGGUGUUUCUGUCCCACAAUUACCCAGUUCUGAUGCCUUUGCAGCAGUUGCUCAAUUAUUUCAAUCUACCCAAGGGCAGCAGCUACAACAGAUUCUUCAGACUUUUCAGCAGCCUCCGAAACCACAGUCUCCAGCCAUUGAUGAAAAUGUUCUUGCACAAGUGCAGGCGAUUACAUCUCAACUGAAUGCCCCAUCACACCCACCAGACAGAAAAACUGCUUUUGAUAAGUUGCUUGACAGAUUUGAUUAUGACGAUGAGCCAGAGGCGACAGAAGAGGCCAAGAAAGAAACCUCAACCCCUCCCCCUGCUCAGCCGACUUUCAGCUCAUUUCCUGGAGGUGGCAUCCAAUCUGCAGCAUAUACCCAGGUUCAAGGGCAGAUUCCAAACUUAGAGCAAUUUCAGCAUCGGAUAAUGGGUAUCUCACAAGAACCUAUACAUCCCCAGGCUCAGAUGCCUUCCAAUGGGCAAACAAUGGGCUUUGGUAUGAUCCCUGCACAGCCAUUUACAACCAUGCCUCCUCCAAUUGUGUCUCAGACAUCUCAGCCUUACCAAAACCCCUACCAAAUGCAUCAGAAUGAAAUUCAUCUUCAGAAAGAGCAUCAGCAGGAGGUCCCUAUGGAUGUCGAACAACCAACUGUUCAUGAUAAUAAGCGCCAGAUAUCAGAGCGGCAAAAGUCUGCCUCCAGGUCCCCAAAAAGACGACGUUCCAGAUCUAAUUCCCGUUCCCGGAGAUCUCGUCAUCGCCGGUCACGAUCCCGUGACCGCAGGCGUCACUCUCCAAAGUCUCGAUCACAGGAGAGACGUGACCGGGAGAAGGAAAGAGAGCGCAGGCUGAAAGGUCUUCCGCCUGUUAAAUCUGAAGCAGUUAGCGUUUGUAGCACUACGCUCUGGGUAGGACAGCUAGACAAAAGGACAAGCCAACAAGAUGUUGCAAAUCUACUAGAAGAGUUUGGAGCCAUUGAGUCAAUUAAUAUGAUUCCUCCAAGAGGCUGUGCUUACAUAGUAAUGGUCCAUAGACUUGAUGCUUAUCGAGCUUUACAGAAACUCAGCAGGGGAAACUAUAAAGUAAACCAGAAGUCAAUAAAGAUCGCGUGGGCUUUGAACAAAGGCAUUAAAGCAGAUUAUAAGCAAUACUGGGAUGUAGAGAUAGGGGUCACAUACAUCCCAUGGAGUAAAGUUAAACCUGAUGAACUUCAGAAUUUCUGUGAAGGAGGAAUGUUGGACAAUGAAACCCUGUGCCCAGAAUGGAAAGGCUUUGAUAAGAAAACGGAGAGCAAUGAUGCGUCUCAGAAUGGCGCAGUAGAGAAUACUCGUUCCGAAGAAGCGCCAGCAGCAGCUCAAUCCGUACCGCUGUUGUCUGUUCCCAUCCGCGCACCUAUGGCUGGGAUGCCGUUGCCACCUCACCAGUCAAUCUCUGCUCAUCAACCAAUGACGGCCCUUCCACCUCAGGCUCUGCCUUUGGUACAACCUCAGACCAGCAUGGCAGUACAUCACCCAGGCCUACCGCCGCCUCAAGGGUUAACUCUACCACCUCCUCAGGGAAUGCCUCUCCCACAGGGGAUGCACCCCCCACAAGGGAUGCCAAUUCCUCAAGGAAUGCCACCCCAUCAGCCGCUCCCUGGAGUGGGUGCUCUUCAGCCUCCUGCUUUCACUGGGCCUAUAAGUAUUCCUCCACCAGGCUUUGCACCUGGGGUCCCCCCUCCUCCAUUUAUGAGGCCAGGUUUUAAUCCAAUGCAGAUGCCACCAGGUUUCCUACCUCCUCCAGGACUUCCGCCACCUAUGACUCCUGUUUCUAUUCCCCCACCAGCUCCUGCAAUGAACAUCCCAACCUCUACCACAGGUGCUCAGUCUAGUGACCCGGCAAAAGACCAAUCUCACGGAAAUGCCAUUCAGCCUGGGAGGGAAAAUAAUGAAUCUGAUGAUAAUGGUGAUGGAUUUGGGUCGCCCCCUCAAGGAGGGCCGAGUAAUACUCCUGGGCCUGUGAACCCGCAUCACGGUGGCGCACAGACUGGGCCGCACCAGGGACCUCCAUCCGGGCCGCACCAGGGACCUCCAUCCGGGCCGCACCAGGGACCUCCAUCCGGGCCGCACCAGGGACCUCCAUCCGGGCCGCACCAGGGUCCUCCAUCCGGGCCGCACCAGGGUCCUCCAUCCGGGCCGCACCAGGGUCCUCCAUCCGGGCCGCACCAGGGUCCUCCAUCCGGGCCGCACCAGGGUCCUCCAUCCGGGCCGCACCAGGGUCCUCCAUCCGGGCCCCACCAGGGUCCUCCAUCCGGGCCCCACCAGGGUCCUCCAUCCGGGCCACACCAGGGUCCUCCAUCCGGGCCACACCAGGGUCCCCCAUCCGGGCCACACCAGAGACCACCUGGUAUGGGUUUGCAAGCUCCAUCUACUGGUCUCUUGGGUGCAAGACCAGGCUUAAUUCCACUGCAAAGACCUCCUGGAGUUCCCUCAUCUCACAUGCAGAGAUUUCAAUCAAUGCCUCAUAGGCAAAUGCCUCCACACAUGAUGCAUAGGGGCCCUCCACCUGGAGGUUUUGGAAUGCCACCACCUCAUGGCAUGAGGGGUCCUUUUCCACCACAAGGUCACUUUCCUAGACAAGGGGGCCCAGGGGGACAUGGUGCUCCAGAAGAAAGGGAAGGUAGGCAAUUUCGAAAUGAUAGACAAGGAUUUGAGCCAGACAGAGAAAGAUUUGGAAGGAGGCCGUACGGGAAUCGUAAUGAAGACGAGAGGGAAUGUUUUGGUAACCGCCUUGACGAACGUGAUCAUGAGCGACCAGGCGGCCGCGGCAGAAGAAGUUGGGGACGAGGAAGUCCUGAUCAUGAAAGGAACAGGGAUCCAGAGGAGAGAAACAGGUGGUCUGUGGGCCGAGAGCGAGAACCUCACAGAGCGAUGCAGGAAAUGCAAGAAAACAGAAACGAUAUGGCCGAGGAGCAGCGAUCAUUUGGUAACAGAAUGGACAAGACGGACAAAACUUCUGAUAAUGAAAAGGUGAAAGAAGAAUCCUCUGAACACAAACCUGCUGAGGAGGUUCCAUCUACAGUCCCUGUACAGACAGAAGCGGAUUCAGGGACUAAAACAGAAACUGCUUGAUAAGACUCAGUCAUUUCAAAGACAAAGGUGUCAAUGUGUAGAGCUUCAGAGAUGUACAAUAUGAUGUAUAAUAUUUGCUUCUGCCGAAUCGCUUUAAUAGUUUCUGAAGGACUGUAAACAAUUGGCUUCUCUUCUAUUUAAAACGGCUUCAUAAUACCCCAUAAUUAUAUGGAAGAAAAUAAAAAGUUAUCCAUGUUUUGCUGUAACGUUUUAAGCAUCUACUUUGAAAAGUUGGUGGUUACGGUAUUUUUUUUGUUUUUGGGGAGAUACAAAACAACAUCCUUAAAAGACCUUCUAACUAAACCUUAGGGAUGUGUUUUUAAUAAACUCUAUUUUCUUAACAAA